GUUGUUUUUUUUAUUGCAUGAACGAGUUAAAUUCUAUUUAUAGCAAUCAAUUUAUCAAUGAUCAAUGAUGAUGAAAAUCGAAUCAAGAAAUCAAAUACAAUUCUUGCUGUUGUUGUUGUUGUUGUUGUACAUUUUUUUUUGCAAAUCGAACGAUUAAAUUUUUGUGUCAAUCGAUCAUAUUAUCGAUAAUCAGUGUAUGUGUGUGUGUUUUUUUUUGUCAGUUUUUUCCGAUGAAAUAUUUUGAACAAAAAAAAAAAUUUCCAAUAAAAAAUUAGAAUUUGAUAAGAUUUUUCUAAUUAUAGAAUUAUCAUCAAUAUGUGCGUGUCUGCGUGUCUAUGACAUGUGAAGAAUUAUUUUUAUUUAUAAUUUUAUUUUUAUGAUGAUGAUCGAUUUAUGUUAGAUUUGAAAUUGACCUUGUCAUUAUGAAUUCCGUCAUCAUUCAAUCAUCACACAUUAUGAUUUCUCCCAAAAUCAAAAUCAAAAAAAAAAAAAAAAUUCUCAUUGCGAAUCUGAUUAUCAUCAUCAAGAAUAAUAAUCAGAGAUGUCAAAAAGUCGGUGAAAAAGUGAUGGGGGAUGCAAUCGAUUGUGACGACCACGAUGAUGAUGAUUACGCCAAAUGAUUGAUCAGAUUUAUUUGGAUGAUGAUGAAAAUAAAAAAAUUAAAAAAUGGAAUCAAAUAUUCCAUUGAAUGAUAAAAUGCAAUAUAUAAUUGAUAUGUAGUAAAAAUAGUAAAAAAACAUCCAUGUUCAUAUCGGUAGCGAAGGCCACAAAUUAUUCUCAUUUGCACAUUUUCAAUCGAUUGAGAUGAAGGCAAAACAGAAAAGAAAAAGACGAAGAAGAGUAUGUAUGUUUUUUAACGAAUCCUUAUAUUUUGAAAAGGAGAAUAAAAAGCUCGAUCAAAUGUUUGCAUGAAAAACAUUUUUUUCAAAUUUUCCUAAUUUGUUUUUUCACCUGUUUUGUCGAAAUUUUUAAAAACAAAAAAUACUAUCGAUUAUCGACCGUCAACCAUCGAUUCGAUGAUUCGAAUUUCUGUAUUUUUUCUCUCUCUCUAGUUCGAUUGUUUUCAUUGAUUGAAUUAAAAAUGAUCAACAAAUCAUUAUUUUGGAUAAUAAAUUUAUUAUUAUUAUCAUUGCUAAUCACAUUGAUUGCCAUGAAUUCGGUGUAUGCGGAAUCACGUUAUCUAUUGAAAAAUCGAACAAAUUGUACGGAAAAUAAUCUGAAACAGAUUGAAUUGAAAGUUGCAAAAAUGAUGCCAAUUGGAACAUUUGCAAGAAAAUUGCCAGAAAAUUUCAAUCAAGCUAAAGGAUUUUGCAAAGAAUCAAUUCGUUUGGUACGUGAAACGGAACAAUUUUUUCUUCAUUGUUAUAAAAAAGAAAUGGUCGAUCUGGCCAAAAUUAUCAUCUAUACAUUGAAACAGAAUAUUAAACUUUAUUGUCGUAAAAAUACAAAACGUUUGGCAAAAUUAUUGACAGUGGCACCAUGUGUUAAUAAACACAUUAAUCGUGCUGAUCAUUGUAUUGGAAAUUUUAUGAAUCAAACAAAACAAUUGGUUGGUUUCAAAAAUGAUAAAGAUAAAAUUAAAUAUGCUUGCUGUAAUUAUGUUGAAGGAAUGAAAUGUGCACGUGUUGUACUCGACGAUGUUGUCUGUUCGGAAGAGAAUAAUGAUGAAUUAAUUAUGGAUUCUAUACGCGGUUUAACCGGUAAUUUUGUCAAUUUUGUUUGUGGUGAUUUUGAUGAAACAACCACAUUGUGUGAUCAACUUGGGCCACAGCCACCAUUGGAUAAACCGAUCACUAAACAAUAUUAUACGCCAAUUUUUUUGCUUGUCGAUCUUAUGGAAUCGAUGAAAAGUUUUCAAAGUCUUUGAUCCAAAAUUAAUAAUAAUAAAAUUCAUUCAUUCA